ACUAUUUAUCUCCGUCACUGUGGUUUUCACUGCUGCAGAUAUGGCUCUGCUGAGGACACGCCGUGCCAAGGUCGGGAACUGGUACGAAGACCUGCGCCUGGAAGAGGAUGCUUUGAAAGAGUAUCUGGAGAAAAAGGAGCGGGGAGAGCUGGCUGGGCAGAGAACUCAACUGUUAAAGGAGCACAUUCUCAGACCGGUGCCUCUGUCCGUGUCCAGAGAUGGCGGUGUGCACUUCGGGGACGCGGUGAUGCUGGUUAACAUGGGCAGUGCUGUGAGACAGUGCACCGCGGUCAGUCUAAACGCAGAGGUGUCCCGGCUGACCAGAGAGCCUACUCCAGGUCUGCUGCCCCCUUGUGAGGUUAGUGCAGGGCCAGCACUACAGCCCUGCACACGCACUGCUUUUGUCAUCACCAGUGUGGAUGGAAGCUUCGAUGGCACAAGUCUUCACUAUGAGCAAAGCUUUGCCCUGAGAACCACCAGCGGUUUUGCAGGAGGACUUUUCCUUACCAGUGACAUCAGCACCUUUCAAAAGUGUGCAAAGAAGUCCCGCCUUCAGGAGGUGAGCCUGGAGACACAGGGUUCGUUUCUGUCAUGGUGGAAAGUCGUGCACUUUGACCCUCAGGAGCGGCUGGAGCAUGAGGGCCUGCCUGUACCUGCUAACGCUAAGGUGCUAAUCAUCCACUGUAAGACAAACCAGGCCCUUGCAGUUCUGGGAGACCAUGUGCUUUGGACCAUAUAUGGGAGGGAGUUUGAGCUGACAGCACACACCUUCCUGGACUCUCAUAAAGCUGAAGAGGAAAACAACCACUGGUGGAUCUGUACCUCUGACCCGGGACAGGAGGGGCUAGUGCUGUUCAACCACCCCAGUGACCAAGAACUGCCCCAACAACUGCCUCAGCACUCUGCCCCGAGCGACCAUCAACCACCCGAACAACCUGCCCCGAGUGUGGGAGGUCUUCAGCAGAGAAACAGUGGAGUCUGAACACAGAGCAAAAUCAUAUCAAAAAGUGAAAGAGACAUUUGAAUGAUAUUGAUUGACUGAUAAAUUGAGCAUAUUGAAAAAAUAUGCUAAACUAUGUUCCAUAUACACCACAAA